UUUAGAUGUUCUGUCCUCCUUUUUUCUUUUGGAUUUUGAGCAGUUAAGAGAAGUGAAAAGAAUGAAGCUGCUGCACAUAUGUGGCAUGAUAAAGGAGAAAUGCAGAUGAUCAGAAAAACAUUUAACACAGAGAUCGAUAUGCAAGGAAGAUCUAAUAUGUCACUUGAGGUAACAAAUGAGGCUGAAGAAAUUGUAAGACAUGAAAUGCAAGCUGAUGCAAGUGCAAAGAUUGAGCUUCAAACGAAAGAAGGAAGCAGCAAAUUGAAAACUUAUGCAGACCAAUCAGAAGGGUCCAAGAAAAUAUCCAAGUUUUCGACUUCAGAAAAAGAAGAGUUGGACUUGAAUGUUAGUCCAGUAGCAGAUCCAGAUCAAGAGUCCGGAAGAUACUGUGAUACAACCAAAAUCAAGGGGAUUUAAGAAUGACUAAAGUUUAAAAAAUGCCAAACGUAAAAACUUUUUAACCACAAUAAUUCCAACAAGGGCGAAACCGAUCAUUUAAAGUAACGAUAAUAAUCCUCUCUGCAAUAUUCAGAAGGAGGAGUGAGACAAAGUACAGAAAUCUUUGCUUAGGAUGAAUCUUGCUGCAUCUUAGUAAAACUGAGAUGUAAUCAUUUUAAAGUAAGCUUUCGCCAUUUUAAACUCAAAUGGAGUACUAUAUUUAUUAAAAUGAUUACCUAAUGCUAAUAGCUAAAACACUUCCAAUUUUUACCUCGUUAUAAUUAUUUGUAUCAUUAAAGCCAAUUUAUUCUAGUAUUAUUAUAUUGU